CAUAACCAUUCAUUCAUAGCUUCACUUCCAAAACCUUAAAACACAAACCAAAACAUGGAGAUCUUGGGUUUACCUGGAACACUUGUUUUCUUCGCCAUGUUACCUCUUCUUUUGCUCCUGAAACUCGCGUUUUCUUGGUGGAUUUCUCCCAUCCAUACUCAUUUUAAGCUCAAAAGAUGUGGAUUUGGAGGACCAACCCCAAGUUUUCCUCUUGGGAACAUUCAAGAGAUGAAAAACAACAACACUGUUAGUUCUUCACCGGUGCCCUCUAACCUCAUCCAUGAUAUACACUCCACUGUGUUCCCCUACUUUUCUCGCUGGCAAAACUCUCACGGGAAGGUGUUUAUCUACUGGUUGGGGACAGAACCGUUUUUGUACAUUGCUGAUCCCGAGUUUCUUAAAAAAAUGUCCACAGAGGUUUUAGCCAAGAAAUGGGGAAAACCUAGAGUGUUCAGACAUGACAGAGACCCUUUGUUUGGAAAUGGUUUGGUUAUGGUUGAAGGCAAUGAAUGGGUUCGUCACCGACAUGUUAUAGCACCAGCAUUUUCUCCUCUUAACCUCAAGGCAAUGGCAAGCAUGAUGAGUGAGUCUACAAAUGAAAUGAUAGAAAGGUGGAUUGCACAAAUAAACUCGGGUAACUCAGAAAUCGAUGUGGAAAAAGAGGUUGUCGAAACCGCCGGAGAAAUCAUUGCAAAAACAAGCUUUGGCAUGAAGGGGAAAUAUGCAAAGGAAGUGUCUGAAAAACUACGUGCCCUACAAAUGACACUUUUCAGGACAACAAGAUACGUAGGGGUCCCAUUUGGGGAGUGUUUCAACGUGAAAAAAACCCUAAAGGCCAAGGAACUUGGGAAAGAGAUCGAUGAACUUUUGUUGUCGGUCAUAACAUCUCGCAUGAAAUCGAUCAAAAGACAAACUCAAGAAGACUUGUUGGGGUUGUUGUUGCAGGGAAAUCAUCAUGAAGGUGAUGGAAAGGUAGGGAAGACAUUCACCACAAGAGAUUUGUUGGAUGAGUGCAAAACUUUCUUCUUUGCUGGCCAUGAAACUACUGCAUUGGCCAUCUCAUGGACCUUGUUGCUUCUUGCUAUGCAUCAAGAUUGGCAAAACCAGUUACGAGAUGAGAUCAGAGAAGUGGUCGGUGAUAGAGAACUUGAUAUCAACGUGCUUGCUGGCUUGAAAAAGAUGAAGUGGGUGAUGAAUGAAGUUCUAAGGCUGUACCCAACAGCACCAAAUGUGCAAAGACAAGCAAGAGAAGACAUUCAAGUUGAUAAUUUAAGGAUCCCCAAUGGCACCAACAUGUGGAUCGAUGUUGUCGCAAUGCACCAUGAUGAAGCAUUGUGGGGAAAAGAUGCGAAUGAGUUUAGACCAGAAAGGUUCAUGAAUGAUGUCAAUGGUGGAUGCAACCACAAAAUGGGGUAUUUACCAUUUGGGUUUGGAGGAAGAACCUGUGUCGGAAGAAACUUGAGCUUCAUGGAGUAUAAGAUUGUCCUAACCCUACUUCUCUCUAGAUUUAGCUUCAAAGUUUCACCUGGUUAUAACCAUUCACCCUCUAUCAUGCUCUCCCUUAGGCCAACCUAUGGUCUUCAUCUCUUAGUUCAACCCCUUAAUUAAACCUUUGCUGCCUUCAAAAACUUUUAUUUGUAAUAAGGAAAAGAAAAUAAAUAUUUUUUUCAUAACUUAAUAUUAAUUUAUGGAUAAGUUAAAAGAGAAAUCAACUUAUACAUAAAUUAAUUUUAACUCAGGAAAAAAAAAUCUUAUUUUCUUUUCUUAUAGACACCCAC